CGGUAGUCAAGGACGGUCGAAGGAUUUCACGGUAGCCCGUCUGACGCGUAGCCGCAGAAUGACUCCACGGCGCUGAUCGAAGGCUGUUGAGUGGCUGAGGCAGGUGUCGAGUUAGCUUCACUGGUAACGUGCAAUGAAAAACAAUUGUGAUACCGACAAACAGCGCGGCCGUGGCUUGCAUAUGGGAGUAACCACUCCCAACAAUCAGGCAACACGCUGGCAGAAAGACCGCGACUGCUCCACCAACUCCAGACCGAACACGGUCGAAAGCAAACAGACGUCAUGGACAGAUGAUUUUCCGGGAUAAACGGAAAUAAAUAACUGUAAAACUCACCUUGCUUUGCGCUACCCGGAGAUCAAGGACUGUCUGUCCUGACAAGGUGUGACGUGGGCGAAGGCGACCGGGAUCACGGAUUUCUC